UGCUGUUUAUCAAAAUCAAAUGGUUUAUUAAAACGAGCAUGGCGAAGAAUUUGGUAAAGUGAGAGUUAAAGCAAGACAGAAAUGGUGAGACCGUCUUCUAAAAACACCAACAAAAUUACAGAAGAACCACCGGCGGCCAUCGAGAGAAAAAGAUUGAAGAAACUGGCCUUCUCCAACAAUUUACUAUCCUCCACUCCUCCGCCACUUCAUACCUAUUCGCCGCUGCCACCCACCAAGGCUCUCUUGAAGCAUCACGGCGCUGAUAUUCUGCGCAAAUCCCAGAGAAAGAAUCGCUUCCUCUUCUCAUUUCCCGGUCUGAUUGCUCCCAUUGCUUCCGGUGGCAAGAUUGGCGAACUCAAAGAUUUAGGCACCAAAAACCCUAUUCUCUACCUCCAUUUUCCCCUGGGUCAAUUGAAGCUGUUUGGAACUAUUACUUAUCCUAAGAAUAGGUACUUGUCCUUGCAAUUCUCUAGAGGUGGCAAGAAUGUUGUGUGUGAAGAUUACUUUGACAACAUGAUUGUGUUUUCUGAAGCAUGGUGGAUUGGUACGCAAGAAGAAAAUCCAGAAGAAGUUCGGCUUGAUUUUCCCAAGCAAUUUCUUGAGGUACAAGGACAACAAGAUGUAUAUGACUUCAAGGGUGGGGCAGGGGCAAGUGCAGUAGUCUCAGCAACUGUAAAUAAGCAAGUUGUUCACAGAAGUGGCAAAAAAUAUGUAGAAGAGGAGUCUCCUGAAACUGAGCUUGAAGAUAAUUCAUCAGAUGAUAAAAAUGAUCCGAAGGAAACAAAACCAGUUCGGCAUUCUGAGAGGACUUCCACGAAAACUUUCAAGUUUGCAGAUGUUUCUUCUGGAGAAGAUUCCGUUGACGGUGAUACAGAUGAUAUAACUAUGGAAGGAGAAGAGGAAAAGAAAGUAAAAACUAUUACUUCUUCUACCAUAGUCCUUGAUUUUGACGAUGAGAAUUCCACCGAAGAGAAUCAUGAAUCUGCCAAGGUGGAUAUCAAGUCUGAAAAGCUAAAUGAGCCUGUUGUCUCAGCAAAAACAUCUAAAGGAGACUCGAACUCUAAUCAUGGUUCACUAGUUCAAGCUACCAUAUCGACAUUAUUCAAAAAAGUUAAUGAUAAAAAGAAAGGGGAAGAAAAGAAUGAGCCAAAUAAUUCAAGGAAGUCCUUAUCCUCAAAAGUUUCUGGCCAAAAGUUGCAGCCUGGUAGGAAGAAGGAUCAGGUCCGAGAACCUCUCAAAAGAGGAAAACUGGCUGAAGGGAGAAAAACUGGGACAGGAACUAAGGAAAAGAAGAAAAAAUAUGAGGUUGACGAAGAUGACAUUGAAGAAUUCUCAAGCUCAACUCAGGGCACUGAAGAAAGUGAUGAAGAUUGGGAAGCUUGAGACUUGAACUGCAUGUAUGAAAAUAUUCAACCUAAAUCUCCGGAAAGGCGAAAACUGUUAUUUACGGCGGAGAAUGUAUCUAUGCAGGUGAGGAAAUGGUCUGAGAAUUGGCGGUUUAGUUUGUCUAAAGGUUUUUCCUUUUCCUUCAUAAGCUAUACACUUACUGAGAAAGCGAGUGGAUUAAAUACUCCCUAAAGUUUUCGGGAUUUCAGGAAAAAUAGUAGAAAUUAGAUACAAAAUAUAUUUGUUUUCCCUUUUUUUAAUGAGGAAAAAUUAGAUCAAAAUAAGUUGUGUUGAAGAAUUUGAUGGUGAUACUAUCAGUUCCUAAUUUGAAGUCCUAUAUUAAAUAGGUGGGAUGUUAAGAGAUCAGUGUGAUUUAUUGUGUUGGAGUUUUUAUGUUAAUUCGCUUGUACAUAGAACAGUAGUUUUCAAAUCAGAACUAAAUUAUGUUGCUUCAGUUUGAAUUGAGAAAAUUAUAAUUGAGGUAAUUAUUUUUGUUAUUUUAUUCA